AUGGUCGAUUCGAAAAAUGAGGAAUCGAUGAAAAUUCAUUCCAGUGCAGAUAGUAUUAAUGAUGAGAACGAUCGACCGGAAUUGUCCAUGUCAACCACCACUUCGUCAGCAUUUUGCCAAAGUUUUGGAGGCUUCGAUGUUAAUAAUAUCGCUGAAAUGGAAGAUACUGUCCCGUCUAUUAUUGAUGCUCGCGAUGUGGAUGGGUAUACGGCAUUGCAUCGAGCUGCGUACAGUGGACAUAUUGAUACUGUCGGAUACUUGUUAUCGAUUGGAGCCAAUCCAGAAUGGAAUACGAAUGAUGGUUGGACGGUGUUACAUUGCGCAGCAACAUGGUCGAUGUGCGAAGUUGUAGCGAUGCUGCUUCGUCAUGGCGUUGAUGUUAACUGUCGAUCGCACGGCAACCUUACACCAUUACAUCUUGCGAUCACGUCAAAUCAACCAGAAGAUCGUGUCCUUACAACAGUUCGCUAUCUUCUUGAAGCACCAGGUAUUGAUGCUGCAGCAGUAUCGAAUUCUGGUGAUUCACCUUUACGGGUUGCAGGAAGGACAUCGGCUAAAAUUACCGAAAUGCUGACACGCUAUUUUAGCAAACCUUGACAGUUAAAUAUCAUACCUAACGAGGCAAGGAAGUAGUUGACAUGAUGCGAGAAAAAGAAAAGAGAAGCCACCUAUUUAGGUUAAAAAAGGUGUCGUGUCUUAUUUAUUAUCUUAAUUGUAUUUUAGAACUUCCAGAUAUUCCCAUUAUGCAAUUUUAUGUUAUUCCUCAAGUUCAGUUCACC